AUAGCCUUGUGGCAAGAGGCGGCGUGACCUAACGGACCAGUUCUCGCGGCGCCUCCCCACCCCCAUCUCCUUUUCCCACCCCGAGUUCGGAUCGACUUCUUCCCCUUGUUAGACGCCGAGGUCCAGAGCCGGAAUGGCUGGCGGCUUCCUCUUCCAGAAGUUCGCCUCCGGGAUGUGGAGAUCGACAAGCCGCCUCAGCGAUCCGAUCAUCCCCCAUGCCUCAGUUGCUGCAAGGUACCUCGGCACAUCCCCAUGGUCUCGUGCGGCUACUAAAGCAGGCUGGCCAACGACUGGGAUGCCAUCAACUGUUGUCAAGAAGCCAACCUUCCUGGUUUCUGUUGGAGGAAUAAUGAAGCGAGCUUAUUCAUCUGGUGCACCCAACAAGCUUGGCGAGACAGAUAUUCAAUUUGGAACCUUCCGACGGCUAAAAAGCUGGGACUGGAUGAUGAAUUGGAUAGAGCAUGGAUUAAAUCAGUGUUCACUACUACUUUUAUUUUCUAUUGUUUUGUCACUAUGUAUUUUGCUCCAACAGCAAGGGACUAUGGGCAUGGCCAUAGUGGUUCCCGUGGUUGCUCUGGUUGCUGCCAUUGCCUUGCCGGUGGUUCAAAAUCCUAAAAGAAAAGGUGCAAAUAAGUUAAGAGCUCCAAGUGCUGUGCUAUGAGGGUGUUACUUGUUUUGUUCUUUCUUUUCCAAGAGAGUGCUGUGCUUUUGAAUUUGUCGUGCUAGAGCACCCCCGCAAUGUCUUGCUACUCAAAAACCAACUUAUGUUGCUACCCAAUUCAUGAUGACAGGCGUGUAAUGUAAUACAUUAUGUUUAUUUUGAAUGUAUCCGCUGAACUUAUGUAUCUGCCCCUUUGAUUAA